UGAUUUCUAUUUACGCUUUUGCCCCUACUUUUCUCCCUCACUUGUUGGCACUUCCCUCGUUCUUACGCUCUACUCACUUUCUCUCUCUACCAAACCUUUCUCUUUCUCUCUCAUCUUUCCAUUGACAUGUCUUCUUCCGGCGGCGUCACCUCCGGCAGCCCUCAGCAAUACUUCUGCCACCAGUGCAACCGCACAGUCUCCAUCGUCCCUUCUUCCUCCGAGCUCCUCUGCCCUAACUGCAACGAAGGCUUCCUCGAAGAACUCGAAACUCCAAUCCCUAACCCUAACUUCAGCAAUCCUUUCUUCUCUUUCAACUCUGACUUCGCCGGAGGUCCCUCCGCCGGAAACCUCCCGUUCUUAUUCUCCGGUGGUGGCGACGAUCUAUCCACGCUGCUUGGCGGCGGCGUUGGUAACACCGCCGCCUCCGGCGAAGCCUUUAACCCCUUUGUGUUCCUCCAGAACUACCUCCAAACCCUAAGAGCUGGCGGCGCCAACGUCCAGUUCGUGAUCGAGAAUUCCGGCGACCCUACCACCGGAACGUUCCGGUUUCCCGGCGGGAACAUGACUCACGGCGAUUACUUCUUCGGCCCGGGGCUCGAGGAGCUGAUCCAGCAGCUGGCCGAGAACGAUCCGAAUCGGUACGGGACGCCGCCAGCAUCGAAGUCAGCUGUGGAGGGGCUGCCGGACGUGUCGGUCACAGAGGAGCUGCUGGAAUCGGAUUCUUCUCAGUGCGCGGUGUGCAAGGACACCUUCAAGCUUGGCGAAUCGGCGAAGCAGAUCCCCUGUAAGCACAUAUACCAUUCUGAUUGCAUCUUGCCAUGGCUGGAACUGCAUAAUUCGUGCCCAGUUUGCCGUUACGAGUUGCCUACCGAUGAUCCGGAUUAUGAGCGGAGGGCUCAGCGUGGUGGGGUUCCUACGCCUGCCCCAGUGAACCGGUCUGUGGGAGCAGGCGGUUCAGCUGAAUCCUCUGAUGGAAGUGGUGGCGGUGGUGGUGGUGUUGGCGGUGACAAUGAUGGCGGGGAUAAUAGGCAAACGUUGGAGAGGAGGGUGUUUAGGGUUUCUUUGCCGUGGCCGUUUAGGCAAUUCGGUGGUUCUCCUGCGGAGACAAGCAAUGUUGGGAACAACAACAACAGCAACAGUGGCGGCAACAACAACAGUGGGCAACCGAAUUCCGAAAGUAGGGGGAAUCGGAAUUUUGAGUCAGAGACCAGACAGGAAGAUCUUGAUUGAGAGCAACUUGUGUUUCAUAAUGUGGCAGGUUAGAUUUAGGUGGUGAUAGCUUUGAGCCUGCAGCCAUGGAAGAAUGAGGUUUCUGAACUUAUAGUUUGUGUUAAACAUAUGGAUUGUACAGCUGCUACUUCAAGGAACCUUCAUUCUUUUUCUUUGUUGCUUGGACAAAUUUGAACCAGAGUUGGAAAUAGUUUGAUAUUUUUUGGUCAUGUUUUUUUGGAUGCAAUUGCUUUAUUGAUCAAUGUCAUCACAGCAAACAUUUAUAGGAUGAAGAAAGGAUUAUGGUUUCUCUUAUAGCAAACUUUGAAAGAAAAUGCUUCAGUUCAUUAAAAUAUUUAUGCCACACUUCCAACCCGUCUAGAUAAAUACAAAAGGUCAUUACAACAACAGAAGCUUCCUUAUCUCUUCUAUUAUUUAUAUUGGAGGAAUUAGCAGCUAUUGCAGUUGUUUUCAAUGUCUAUGAGCCUCAACAUGCCUGUGAUUCUGUGAUUAACGUGAACAAUUUUUGUAUGAAGAUUUACCUCUGCUAAUGCAAUAUGAAGUCCCCCCCAUAGCUGCACAACUAAAGAUAUACAAGUAGUGUAAUGUCACUAACGUCCCCCCAUAAUUAUUCUGCUAAGUGAUUUUCUGCAAGAAAUGUUGUUGUUUACAGUGAUCUCAGACUCAAAGGAUGAAUGGAGUAAACUUCCUUAAUCUUAUGUAGACUCAAGAUGAUUUUUGAUGUAUUAACUACUCAACUCAAUUGUUUCUUUAUGCACGCUAACUGAAUGAAUUAGCUUAGUUUCUCUUCUGUUUAGAAAGACUUGUAUAAAGGAAGGAGGAUAAAAAAAGAAGGAAAAAAUAUUGUUACCAAAUGAAAUGUAUAAGCAUAAAUGGGCUUGUGUAGAACUACUCUUAACGAUUGUGGCAGAGGAUAAUGUUAGAUCUAUUGAGGGAUUGUAACUACGGAUGAACAAUGCUUAUUCGUUUUGAUCUUGUUAAUAUACUUGCCCUUUGAUGGAUGCUUUACUAUCAUGGAUAUAGGCUUAUUAUAUUGUUAGGUAGCCAAAUACGAUGAAUUUAGUAUGUAUUUUACCACUCGUGAAACAUGGCUUCAUAAGAUUUUGUAUUUCUAUUUUCUAUAUGAAGGACCAUGUACAUAUCAAUUUUCAACAACAAUAAUUGUGGUUCAUCUGUUUGUUAUUUAUAUUUGUUGAAAUAAUGCUUGCUAUUUUUAAGACCUUCCUCACUUCCUUGAAAGACUUCAACUCUGGGAUGUGUUUGCAUGAUUAAUCUUUAUCUAGUCUUCAACUUUUCAUACUUAUUGUUGAACGUUACAAAGGUUGUGCUUGUUAUAAUUUUAUUACAUAAUCCUGGAGUGGGAAAUUCUAAGUAUCAUAGACAUAGGGGCUUAUUAUAUUGUUUAUGUAAUCUCUUAAAAGCAACUCCACCACUGCUUAGUAGAGGGGUUGGCCAAUGUAGUCAUGGGAUUUGUAUAAUUUGGGUUUGGAUUCAGGAACUCCUUUAUUGUUGAAAGCUCAAUUGUAAUCCUAUUUAUAAAUCUACCUUUUUAUAAAUCUCCUUGCAGUUUUGCACUAAGCAUUGUGAAUUAAAGAAAAACAAUGUGACUGCAGUUAAUAUUUUGUGUUUUUAGGUUCAAGUCUAGCUUGUUCCAUUCUCAAGCCUUUAUGCUUAGAUAUCAGAUAUCCUGAAUUGAUUUUUUGCCUUUGGGCUUUGGUCUUAUGCUGCAUGCUGUAAUAUUAUGAUUCAGAUGCCAUACACUUUCGGAGAUUUUCACAUAGUUCUGUUUUGUUUUGG